AUGGGCGCCCAAGAAUCAUUACCAGGUGAUGGCUCUGCCAUAGAGAUGCACCAUUAUUACAGCAAAUUCAUGAGAGAAUGUCCAUCUGGGCAACUGAGUCUGCAUGAAUUCAAGAAACUCCUUGGUCUGCAAGGGCUGGAUCCACAGGGAGAUUUAUACAUCAAACGAGUGUUUGAGAUCUUUGAUCUGAACCAGGAUGGAUUUAUAGACUUCUUGGAGUUCAUAGCUGCAAUAAAUUUGGUUAUACGAGGGAAAAUUGACCAAAAGUUGAAAUGGUAUUUUAAGCUGUAUGAUGCUGACGGAAACGGAUGCAUUGACAAAAAAGAACUAUUAAGCAUAUUCGCGGCUAUCCAGGCUAUUAAUGGCCAAACCAACAUGACUGCUGAAGAGUUCACAAACAUGAUAUUUCAGAAGAUAGAUGUGAACAAUGAUGGGGAACUGACUUUAGAAGAAUUUAUAAAUGGUGUUGAAAAAGACGAGGACCUAAUGGAAUUGAUUACGAAAAGUUUUGACCUUUCCAACGUAAUCAAAGUCAUACAGAGCGGCAGGAGACACAGCAUCUGA